AUGAAGCUACUGCUCGUCUUCGCCGUUCUUCUUGCCGCCGCGUUGGCGUGCGACAUCAUCGUCCACGUCAAAUCGGACACGGACAAGCCAUUCCAGGCCCAGAUCACCGCUUCAAAUGGCAAGAAGAGUGACAAAUGGAACAUCACGAAGAAGAAGGAGAAGUAUACGUUCCAGCAAAAGGCUGAUGAAUGUGGGCUCCAUGAUUGGCAGAUUACCACUUGGGAGAAGGGCGUUGAGAAGGCGGCAGUCAAGGUGACGUUGGAUGGAACCGGACGUGUCACUUAUUUGGUUGGCGACGAUCUAAAGCCGGUGCAAAAGGAUCGCCAGGGCGCUAUCUGCAAGGGCCAAUGUGCACCGCUG